UGGGCUGAAGACCUCCGGGGUAGGUACUGGGAGCCGCAUCUGCACCAAUGAUGGCAACGCGCAAUACACCACUACAGUGGACGAUCAAUAUUGACAUACUGCAGGUAGCUGCCUCGUAAGUCCUUUUCUUCAGGCAUGAGAAGUGGUUAAUAACACCAGGCUCGGCGCCAAACCUCGACGCCCAAUGAAGGCACUGCGCGAUACACCACUCCGAUGGAUACAAGACGUAGAAACAGUGUUGUCAUUGCAGUAGGUGAAUCUAUGCUGCAGCCAGUUCAUCCCAGGAUGGAAUUGCCCCCUCCCAGCAACGCUGGUGAUGCGGACCUUUGGUUGCCUUCUGCCUUCAUCGAGCCUAUACUUUUACAUAUAAUGGGUCACAGAUCCAUAAUGCUUCAGGGGUGUGUAGAAGACCUGUCAUAUACACUCCAACGUCAGAUUCAGCUGCACUCCAUCUAAGCACCAUCCGCGCCGGCCAAAAUGCCUUACAUCAUCACCGGUAUCCCAAAGGAUCCUAAGCACCCUCUUCCUAUCCGCAAAGAUAUUGAUGACUGGUAUCUCGAGCAGACCAGGCUGGGAAGUAACCGCAUCCAGCUCACUCUAUUUGUGGAAGCCUUGACCGUGGUACAAAACCGCCCCUUGCAGGACCAGCUGUCAUACUUCCGUCUGGCUGGUAUCCACGGAGCUCCCUGGACAGAGUGGGACGGGGUGCCUGGUGGUCAAAAUGACUCCAAAGGAAAUCCGACGGGAUUCUGCGUGCAUAACAAUUACACCUUUCCCACAUGGCAUCGGGUGUAUGUGGCCUUGUACGAGCAAGUAAUUUAUGAAGCCAUGCUUGACUUCAUCAAGCAAAAUGUGCCACAGAAUGGGAAAGCUGACUGGGAGAAUGAAGCCAAGCAAUGGCGUCUCCCUUACUGGGACUUUGCCAGGUUCGCCCGGCAUGGACAUGACAAUACCCAAGGCGAUGAACUUCGAUUGCCCAUUCUGGUCACGAUGCCCAUGGUCAAGGUCGCCGUGCCAGGGGAUCCAGACAAGCAGCUAAUCAAGCCCAAUCCCCUUUACAGGUUUCAGAUGCAAACCCUCAUGGGCACCUUGCAACAUCCAUACGCGAUCACGAGUCAAUCAACCGACGAACACGGCAGGUCUUUCACUCUUCCGUUCGACAAAUGUCAGUCCACCACCAAGUAUGGUCUUCUGGAAAACUACAACGCCGACGUGUGGGCGGACGGUGGCCAGAACUGGCUGCGCGCUAACCUGGCAUUAAACGAGCAUCCCUGGUACCAGAAUCUGGAUGGCUGGGACUCGGUACCGACCUUACAGGAGAUGACCUUCCGUCUCCUAAGUAUAGGCCAUAACUGGGGGGAAUUCUCCAGCACCCGGUACGAUGACAGCCCUAAGGGAGACCAACAACCCUUUAAGAACUGGAUGAACCUGGAAGCUAUUCACAACAACGUCCAUAACUGGGUUGGGGGAUUCAUGUUCAGCCGUCCAGGACGGCACGACUUGAAGCUCUGGGGUGCUGGCCAUAUGAGCAGUGUUCCAGUGGCUGCGUUCGAUCCAAUUUUCUGGCUGCACCAUUGCAAUAUCGAUAGGCUCACUGCGAUCUGGCAGUCCUUAAACCCUGACCGCUGGUUCGAUGACGAUAAGAGCAAAGUAUCGAAAGAUGACGACCUACGUCCCUUCCACAGGUUUUGUGAAAAGAAGAGAGAGGUCGUGUUCUUCAGGUCUGACGAUGUGAAGGACUGGCGACACUUAAACUAUGAUUACGCUAUCACUAAAGAUCCGAGCAGAGUCGCGAAGGAGGUUCUCGAACUGUACGGGCAACGAACAAGCGAGGUGUACAAGGAGUUUGGCAAUGAAGACUAUAUUCUAAGCAUCUGGUACAAUCGGUAUGCAUUGGGGGGCAAGCCGUUCCAGAUCAACAUCUUCUUCGGUGACAUGGAUGGCAAGGACUUCUACGACGCCAGGUCACGGAAUUUUGUGGGCAGUGUCUUCAACUUCAGCGGCAGCCUUGAGGACAGUAACUGUGACAAGUGUGCUCAGCAAGAGCAAGAGGGUGUUUUGUCUGUGGCCCAACUUCCAGCCAGAUUAGCAGUCCACUACUACAAAAAGCAGAACAAAGACGAGAUUCCAACACCGCGUUACGUCGUGGUGAAUAGUCAGGGCAAGGUUGAGACGAAGGUAGGGGUGCAAGUUGCCCUUCAUAAGACUGAGACUCACUACGGCCUCAUUGGGGGCGAUGGCUACCACAGGGUGGCCAAUGGGGAGCCUGCCGAGGUGGACGAUGGUUAUCGCGCCUGAGAUUUGGACAAGACGACUUCGUUCAUGCAUUCGUGGCAUGAGGUGAUUCGCGGAGAUUAGGUGCAUAGGCCCCCAUGCAAACUAGCUAUUGCAGAAGUAUCA